UACUAAUCAUUUGACACCGACUCCGUUUUCCGUUUUGCGGGAAAAAAUAUCUCUACAAAUUUCUCGAAAUGUAAUGCUAGAUCUCUCAAUCAGCUCACAAAACGCCGGUGUGACCCUCGGGUUAGCUAAAAAAAUAUCCAUCUACGUAAAUGGCGAAGGCGCGUCAUUAAAUUAGCGACGAUGAAACAAAACUUGUCGAACCAUCCCAACAUGGCGGCAUCAGACGAAGAAGAAGCAAUGGAUAUUGAUACAGAGGGAAACCAGGGAAACACAAACACCUCAAGCUGUCUGUCUGUAACUAAUGUUCCUGGUAUUUUAUUUGAUGAUGGAAACGUGAAGGGCGAGUUUGAAAAGAUAUUCCAAGCAUUUGAUGAGUAUGCAUCCUUCUCCUAUCUGAAGAGUUUCCGUCGAGUCAGAGUGUUUUUCUCUGGAAACGAGACUGCAACAGAGGCUAAGCUUGUCCUUCAUGGUGCUAAGUACAGAGGGGCAGAGCUUGGCUUGUAUUAUGUACAGCCUGUCAAUGCUGGCCCUAGCACAAGCGCAACAACUCAACUGCAACCGCCUCCACUCACCAAACAGUUCCUCAUCUCGCCACCUGCAUCACCCCCUGUUGGAUGGGAGCAAACACAUGAAGCUAGCCCGAUCAUUAACUAUGACCUACUGAGCGCUGUAGCAUCUUUAGACACCUCAAAACCAUAUGAACUGCACCCCCCUGACACAGAAUGUCCAAGCAUAGUAGUACAUUUAUGUGAUGAUGAGGAUCAGGGGGAUGGUAGCAUGGAUGAAACAGGGAAGAAGUUCCACCCUCUGAAAAGCUUACCUCGUAAUGUUGUACAGACAAGAAGACCAGACAGUGAGAGUUGAUUCCUACUGCAAUUUUUCAGCAACCAAAUAUUGCCUUAUUUUGCAGUUUUUCUGCAAGUUUUGGAAGGUUUUGAGUGCCUCUUUUUAGAUUGUACUCCAUACCCAAUCAUCCUAGUUGGCACCAAUAAGUUUGACAACUUUUCCCCUUGGCACCCUCACAGAUUUACAUCUUAGACAGUAAUGAGCUUUGGAUGUUUCUUGCUUUCUUGAGAACAAUACUCCCUAGAGUGCCAAACUUUUGGGGUUUUGGUUAAAGUGACUUUUUAGAGUAGGAUAUAUAGAUCUUAAAAAGCCACAGGAGGCUGUAUUAAAAAUAGAACAAGUGAGAAAAGAAAUGCACAUAAUUGUAGGGAAUUUUUUUUUAAAGUUGGAUAUACUUUUUGGUCUUUAUUUCACUGGAAAUGUGUUGAGAGUAUGUUUUCACUAGUGAACCCAAUGAUAUGGUUGGAAAUGGUGGUUCACCACUGAAUGCAAGGGAUAUUGUUAUUGUAACACUAUAGCUUACAGUUACAGUAUACAAGAUCAGUGGCAAAUCCUGGGUGUCCAGGGGAGCCAGUACCACCACCCCCCCCCCCCCCCCACUAAAAUUCUUGAAGAAAUUUAUUGAAGUUGAGAUCUAUUUUAUAUAUAUGGGGUCAUCCCAUCAGCUAAAGCCUCCCUCGCAGGCAUUUUCAGGCAGGUUUCUCUCUUUCCCACUGAGCGACCUGCAUAAAAAAAUGCCUACGAGGGUGACAGCUUUGCCUGGAAAUGAAAGCUAACAUUUAUCCAUCAUAUAAAAAAGUAUCACAACAAUAUAAUGACAUGUAACAAUUCUGAACCUGCAUUGUCAAUCCAAUGCACAAAACUAUAAUACAACGACAAAUAGAGACAUAAUUUAUUGGGGUGCGAUAGAGAAUAGUACAUGGGUCAUGUCCCAAUAAAUUUACAAUAAGUAUUAAA